AUGACAAAAAGUAAUAGAAAUUGUGUGUCUAUGAAAAGAGAUAGGUUUAGGCCUCAUGAUAAAUAUGGUAAAAAACUGAAGAAAGAAAAUCCUCAAAACGGCCUUUAUCAUUACAAACUCUCCAGACUUCAUAAAAGUGAAGGAAGAAAGGAGAAGGAAUUAUUAAACACGUAUAAAAAUGAAUUACCAACAACAAAGACAUUCCAAUAUUACUCUAAAGAAAAGAAAGAAGAAGAUGUGCCUGAUAUUAUUAAGGACCAAAUAAGCACACUUGAAGACUCUCAGGUGGCAGAAUUCUCUGAUAUUGUUAAUGAAAUAACCGAAGUUGUUUUAAACCAAUGUAUUGAUGGAAAAGAAAUGAACGGUUCACAACUUUAUUCAGAGAGAUAUGAUAAGACAAGUUCAACUACAUUUUAUCUCCCUUAUUAUAUUAUGACACCAAUCACAAAUUUUAAUCAUCAUAUGAAGUACCCUGUGCCGCCUCCAAUCCAACAACUCACACUUUAUUAUGAGCAACCACCAAUCCAGCACUCUAUACCUUAUUAUGAGCACCCGCAAAUCCAGCAAUUUAUAUCUUAUAAUGAACAAUCACUAAUCCAACAUACCGAAUCGCAUAUGGGGCCCCCAAUCCAACAACUCUCACCUUAUUUUGAGCAACCAUUAAUCCAGCACUCCUUACCCUAUUAUGAGCAACCUCAAAUCCAACAAUCCAUAUCUUACGAUAAACAACCAUUAAUUCAACAUACCGAAUUGCAUGUGAAGCCUCCGAUCCAACAACUCCCACCUUAUUAUGAGCAAUCGCUAAUGCAGCACUCUAUACCUUAUUGUGAGCAACCUCAAAUUCAACAAUUCAUAUCUUAUGAUGAACAACCACUAAUUCAACAUACCGAAUUGCAUGUGAAGCCUCCAAUCCAACAACUCCCACCUUAUUAUGAGCAAUUGCUAAUGUAG